CGUCCAGUCCCUCCCAUGGCCGGCUGCUGACUGAAGUCUCCUGCCCGUCUGUUGCAUUUCAUACCCUCCUGCAAAGUCCUCAUCAUCUCCCAGCUCGGGAUCUGAAGAGAGACUGGCAAUCAUGGACCACAGGCUCCUCCUGGCACCUCCAGCCCUGGCAGGAUGCUGCGAUUGCUGCUGAUGCUUUUAAAACACAGACCUCCUUGUCAAUGUCUGGCUGCAGGAGCAAUAGGUGCUGACAUGCCCCCCGACAGUGGCAUAUAGGGGCUGAUUGCAGAGGACCUUCAGUGGGGGGAGUAUCCUGGCAGACAAUGGACAGACUGCACCCCUCUAUGAGGAAGCGUCUGUACAGUCUCCCGCAGCACAUUGGAUCCAAAGCAUCUAUAAUGGAUGAAGAGGAAGGUGAGGAGAGGGACACCUGGAGGAAAAGCAUUAAGCUCAAACCAUUACCCUCACCCUCAGCUCUUAAGGUCCUUGACCCACGACCUGGAGCAAAGGAAGCUCAUCUAGUUAUGGAAACUGAAGUAGGUAAAUCCCAAAGAACCAGUAGCAAUGGAGACUGCAGGAGGUUUACAGGUAGUCUCUCCUCCAUUGCUAGCUGUGGCCGGCACCUUCACGAUUCAGACCCCAGCGAAGGGCGAAGGCUUAUCUCUGAGGUGGACCUGAGCCCUACUGAGGAGAAGUCCCCUACAAUGGACGCCCCUGGAGAAUCAGGUACAGGCCCUUCCCAGGCAGCCUCCCCAGUGUCCCAGGCUAGGAGCACUGACCAGCACAGCAGUACUGGGAAGGUGGACGCCAGAGAACAGAUUUUGUCUGGAGGGGACGAGGAGCAGAGUAGUUUUAUGCACAGACAAUUUGGGGCCCUUUUGCAGCCUGGGGUGAACAAAUUUUCCUUGCGGAUGUUUGGCAGCCAGAAGGCAGUAGAAAGAGAGCAAGAUCGAGUAAAGUCUGCAGGAUUUUGGAUUAUUCACCCUUAUAGCGACUUCAGGUUUUACUGGGACCUAACAAUGUUACUGUUGAUGGUAGGGAAUCUCAUUAUCAUUCCAGUGGGCAUCACUUUCUUUAAGGAGGAGAAUACCCCCGCAUGGAUUGUUUUUAAUGUUGUCUCUGACACUUUCUUCCUUGUGGAUCUGGUGCUGAAUUUUCGCACAGGGAUUGUUGUAGAGGACAACACAGAAAUUAUCCUAGAGCCACAACGUAUAAAGAUUCGCUAUCUAAAAAGUUGGUUUCUUGUGGACUUUGUAUCAUCUAUUCCUGUGGACUACAUUUUUCUUAUUGUUGAAACACGAAUUGACUCAGAGGUUUAUAAGACUGCCAGAGCCUUACGAAUUGUACGCUUCACUAAAGUGCUCAGCUUGCUUCGACUCCUGAGACUUUCCAGGCUUAUCCGUUAUAUUCACCAGUGGGAGGAAAUCUUUCACAUGACGUAUGACCUGGCAAGUGCUGUAGUACGCAUUGUAAAUCUAAUUGGCAUGAUGUUACUUCUUUGCCACUGGGAUGGCUGCUUGCAGUUUUUAGUGCCCAUGUUGCAGGAAUUUCCUGAAAAAUGCUGGGUUUCUUUGAACCGUAUGCAGAAUGCCUCUUGGGGAAAGCAAUACUCCUAUGCUCUUUUCAAAGCCAUGAGUCACAUGUUGUGCAUCGGGUAUGGGCAACAGGCACCAGUGGGCAUGUCAGAUGUCUGGCUUACUAUGCUGAGCAUGAUUGUCGGUGCCACUUGCUAUGCCAUGUUCAUUGGUCAUGCUACUGCACUUAUUCAAUCUCUAGAUUCAUCACGGCGUCAAUAUCAGGAAAAGUACAAACAAGUGGAGCAAUACAUGUCGUUUCAUAAACUCCCGGCUGAUAUGCGUCAGCGGAUCCAUGACUACUAUGAACAUCGCUACCAAGGAAAAAUGUUUGAUGAAGAAAGUAUUCUUGGCGAGUUGAGUGAACCUUUGAAGGAGGAGAUCAUUAAUUUUAACUGCCGCAAGCUCGUAGCCUCUAUGCCACUUUUUGCCAAUGCAGACCCAAAUUUUGUAACUUCAAUGCUUACAAAGCUACGGUUUGAAGUAUUUCAACCAGGAGACUAUCUUAUUCGAGAGGGAACUGUGGGCAAGAAGAUGUUCUUUAUACAGCAUGGUGUUGUCAGUAUCUUGAGCAAAGGCAGUAAAGAGACCAAACUCGCCGAUGGAUCCUAUUUUGGUGAAAUCUGUCUGCUGACACGAGGAAGAAGAACUGCAAGUGUAAGAGCUGACACGUACUGUCGAUUGUACACACUGAGUGUAGAUCACUUCAAUGAAGUUCUUGAAGAGUAUCCAAUGAUGAGGCGGGCAUUUGAAAGUGUUGCACUAGACCGUUUAGACCGAAUUGGUAAAAAGAAUUCCAUCCUUCUUCAUAAGGUGCAGCAUGACCUCCAGUCAGGGGUGCUUAACUACCAGGAAAAUGAGAUUAUUCAGCAGAUUGUGCAGCAUGACCGUGAAAUGGCCCAGGGACCCCGCUGCACAAAUUCUGAGACAGACUCUGCCCCAACACCUCCAACUCCUGUAAUAUGGACACCAUUAGUUCAAGCACCAUUACAAGCAGCAGCUGCUACGACAUCAGUUGCCAUACCUUUAACUCACCAGCGGCUGCCAGCCAACAUCUUCAGACCUCCAAAUUCUGCAUUAGGGAUAACAGCUCGGCAAUUCCAAUACAGGCAGAGACAAACUUUUUCUUCACACAUAGCAGGACCUGAGGCACAGUUGUCACAGCAGUCCUCUUACCAUGUACAUCAACUGGCAGGUUUCUCUGCAGCAGCUUGUGUGAGCCCUAGACCACCAUCUAAUAUACCAUGCUUUGACAAGGGUCCAAAACAACAGCCAUUUCCUACUAGUUCAACCCCUGCUGCUUUUGACACAUCACAGUGGUCUCCAGGACUAGAAGUCUCCUCUUGUCAACCAAGACUAUCAAAAUCUGACCAGCAACUCCCAACUCCCUCUUCUAGACAAUCUCAAGGCUUAAAAACCCAGUCACCGGGUCAGCCUUUACCUGGAUCUUCAGAGCCAUUAUGGGUGUUACCACCUCCACUUCAGAGAGCAGACUCUCCUGGGAGUUCAGCCUCAAGACUAAGUCCAGGUCUAAACCGAACCACUCAGGUUUGUGGUUCUUCCAGGUCUCUUCUCCUUCCUCAAACAGCUCCCAUUGUGUCUCACCCAAGCAGCUGCAUAGCUCUGCCCCUUAACAGACUUAGGCAAGAUGGUCGGCCCAUUUCUGUUUCCCAGCCUUCUUUGCCUCAGCCAGCACCAGGCUCACCACACUUUCCCCAGCAGUUUACUCCAGACUUUACUUUAUUUCCUAGAGAAGGAAGCCCAGAUCCAAAAGACCAUACCACAUUGCCACAAAAAGGGUCUGCAGAAUUUUCAUUUGGAACAAGUGUUGCUGCUGUAGAGGACCUACCCUUUCACUCAAAACUCCAGUGUAACCUCUGACCUUUUCUAUUGCUAGAGAUCUGCAGAACAAUUAAUCCCCAACAAGAGACAUGUAGAAUAUUUUUUGAGGUUGUAUACUGCAGUGAAAAGGUAGCUGGCAGGCUGAAUAUGUAUUUUGCCACCAAUGACUUGGUCAUUGGCAUUUGUACAGCACAUUCUAAUAACAUCGGUGCAAUCAAUGCAAAUGAUUCAGAUCAUUACAACACCUAUAUGAUCAAAACAUAUGGUUUCUCAAGCUGUUACAGGACUAAAUAGCUAACUGUAAUUCAUCAUGAGGUUGCAAAUGUAUAUUGCCUUUCUGUGGAGAUUUCAAAUUGCUAAAUGUGUGUAUUCAAGACACUGCUGUAUGCUUCUCUAGCUGACAACAAUCUACAAAUUCCUCUAGUCUUAGGCUCUUGACUUUGGCAAAAAAAUUAUAAUUAAAACAGCGUUGCAGAUCUUUUAGCAAUAAAUAAGGAUUUAAGUUACUGGAAUGUAUUAGUUGGCAUAAACAGUGCUUAAGAUGUAGAAGUCAAGUGUCCUCUUUUAAUGGUGGGAAUGACCUGCCCCUUGCAAUAAGGCACCUACUUUAUCUGGACACCAUUCUCAUCAGUAUUCUGCCUUGAUCAAAUAUUAUGUGCUGAAGACAAAUGCACGUGGCUAGAGUCCCUUACUCUAUGUGACCUCUUGUCAUUGCCAGGGACGCAGACAAUAUUUACUAGAGAUAUCUGCAAGAGGUCUGAUCUCUCUAGUUUUUGUCACGAGUUUGAAAGCACAUGAUUCAUUGGUAUACACCUUUCAUUGCACCUGGUGUGUGUGUUUUGUGUGGUUAGCUAGAGGGACAUCAAGGCAAGUACCCUAGUGCUUGCCUGCAUAAGCAAUAUUAUGUAACAUUUUGUCCUUGUGCCUUCACUUCCCCAAUGGAGUCAGUAGAACAGGUAUGACCCUUGGGGAACCCCAUACUGUCCGCUAAGAAAAGGCAUCUGUGACAUGGGGAAUGCCAUAACUGCAGCCUCAUGCCAAUUUCAGAAUCUGCGCUUUCCUUGUUGCAAUAAGGCACUGCCUUGGCAUGGGUUGUGCGAUGCAGACACUCGUAUUGGAGAGUGCCUUAUUGCUGCUGAAUUACAGAUCAGCGGUGUGAUUUCCAGCUAGCAUUUUGCUUUAUUCCUAUGUGCACAGGCACUCUAUACUUCACCAAGUGGUGCUCCUAAUCCAGGGAGCAAUGUGACUGGAUGGGACUUGUCAUGCUGGAGCCAUUACUUUCUUUUACAUUUACAUGGAAUUGAGGAGUUAAGCUUUGCUCACCGUUUCUCUGCCAGAGGUCUGUCUCUCUUUGUAAAUCUGUAGCUGCAGCAAGGAGUUUAUUGGAUUUGCGUAUUAAACUGAUAAAGUCAAAGGAGCCUUUUGGAUUCUAAGAUCUUGACUAACUACAGUGGAACUGUUAAAGAAUUUCAAGUAGGAUGAACUAUUUAAUCAUUGUGUUUGUCUUCUCUUCUACCUCCUUUCCCCAAUCUCCAGUCUUUUGUCAAAUGCUCUACUUUUGCCAUAAAUCAUAAGCUUUUUUGACAAUAACCUUAUAAUCCUGUGCUAUUAGGGAGUCAUUGUACCUAUCUUCUGUUGUGGUCAAACGUGCCUUUCUUCCUAGUACUCCUUCAAACUCUGUUACUAUUUUACCUCCAGCAUUCUUCUCCCAGGUCCCUUCCUGCUCACCAUUCAAAACCAGAAAAAACUUGCAGUAUAAUGAAGCCAGCAUCUUCUCUAUUAAUAUUGAUUAGCCAUUGGACUAAAUUUUGCAACAUUGUAUUUGCUAAAUCAGGUACAUAGAAGAAACCAUUUAGACAGAGGAAUAUAUGGGCUAUUUCUCAAUGUUUUCAUAGCAAAAUAUUUAUAUUCCAUCAUAAACAGAAAACGGCAUCUCUUCAACUCCUUGUUUCCAUGUGUAACUAGAAGAUAUAAAAAUCCUUGAAGACAAAUUAUUUGUGCGCUCUUCUGGCAGUAAAAAGGUUAAAGGAUAUCUUGGUUUAAAAAAAAUAAAAAUAAAGAAAAAGU